UACCAAACGACAAACGUACGGUUAGGUUAGAUUCAAUUCGUAAUCAAAACAAAUAAAACUGUCAUAUUAGCUCAAAAAGUGAAGUGUUUCUUCCGCUAUAAUAUAAAAUUGUUAUGCUUUAUAAAAGUUAAUCCUUGAAUAUUUGAAUUUUCUCAAACAGUGAGGAGGUGGUAUUAUAUAUUAUAUUUAGUAGAUAUUAUUAAUAUGACAAAUCUCAUGAUGGAUUAUGAAUUUAAAAUGAAAACUCAAAAUGAGAGAGUUAAAGUGGAAGAUUUGUUUGACUAUGAGGGUUGCAAAGUGGGUAGAGGAACUUAUGGACAUGUUUACAAAGGUCGUCGUAAAGACAACUCAGAUAAUAGAGAUUAUGCACUCAAGCAAAUUGAAGGAACUGGCUUAUCAAUGUCUGCCUGUAGAGAAAUAGCGCUCUUACGUGAACUCAAACAUUCAAAUGUAAUUAAUUUAAUCAGGGUGUUCCUUUCUCAUAAUGAUAGAAAAGUAUGGUUACUCUUCGAUUUUGCAGAACAUGAUUUGUGGCAUAUAAUUAAAUUUCAUAGAGCAGCUAAAGCUAACAAAAAACCAUUUAUGUCUCCUAGAGGAAUGGUGAAAUCUUUGCUAUAUCAGAUAUUAGAUGGAAUACAUUACUUACAUUCAAAUUGGGUUUUGCAUAGAGAUCUAAAACCUGCUAAUAUAUUAGUAAUGGGUGAAGGGCCUGAAAGGGGGAGAGUUAAAAUAGCAGAUAUGGGGUUUGCUAGACUGUUCAAUGCCCCUUUAAAACCCUUAGCAGACUUAGAUCCUGUGGUUGUUACGUUUUGGUAUCGAGCACCAGAAUUAUUAUUGGGGGCUAGACAUUACACAAAAGCUAUAGAUAUCUGGGCAAUUGGAUGCAUAUUUGCAGAACUUUUGACAUCUGAACCUAUUUUUCAUUGUAGACAAGAAGACAUUAAAACUAGUAAUCCCUAUCACCAUGAUCAAUUGGAUAGGAUUUUCAAUGUUAUGGGUUUCCCACAUGAAAAGGAUUGGGAAGAUAUAAAAAAAAUGCCUGAACAUCCAACUUUAUUGAAGGAUUUCAAGAAAUCUAACUAUGUUAAUUGCUCCCUCAUCAAGUACAUGGAGAGGCAUAAAAUCAAACCAGACAGUAAAGCAUUUCACCUAUUACAAAAAUUAUUGUUAAUGGAUCCUAAUAAGAGGAUAACUUCUGAACAAGCCAUGCAGGAUGCUUAUUUUUCAGAAGAUCCUUUACCCACUCAUGAUGUUUUUGCAGGAUGUCCUAUUCCUUAUCCAAAGAGAGAGUUUUUGACUGACGAUGACCAAGAAGAAAAAUCAGAAAAAAGACAGAAUCAGCAGCAACAACAACAGACUCAACAACAAUCUCAGCAACAAUCACAAUCGCAGCAAUUGCAGUCUUCUAAUAAUAAUGAUAGCCAUAACAAUCCUGCAAAGAGGGUUAGAUUAAAUCCAUCUCAUCCUGGACAGGUGAACAAUCAAAAUAUACCCAUGUCUCAACAACAAGAUUUUCACCAACAACACGUUAUCUUUAAUAACAAUCAACAGCAACAAAAUUUUUCUCAAAGGUUUUGAGUUUUUAGUAAUUUUUUUCAUGAAAAAUGUAUUUAUUUACUUGAAAAAAGUUUUAAAUUAAAUGAUAUACGUUUU